CCAGCCGCCUACACCCAAAAGGAGAGCUAGGAGGAGGAGGAGGAGGAGGGGGAGGGGGAGAUGGGAGAGGGAGGUGGUGGCAGUUGCCGCCAAUGGAUCCAUUUCUCUGUCUGUCCGUUGGGCUGUCGGGAAGUUGCUGUGCCACGUCAUCGCCCGAUCCCUCUCGCCGACAUCGCCCUCGUCUUCGCCGGGAUCGCCGUCAUCGCCAACAUCGUCGGGACCGGGACGAGCGGCCAGAGCUCCUGGGCGACGGACUGCAUUUCGAUCGCUUGUUGACAGAUGGCAGCAGCACAGAGGACCAGCUCAGCACCCCCUCCACGUGUAAAUGGGAGACAGAGCUCUAUGUACGCAGGACUGGUAACAGGGUGGGGGGGGGAGGAGGAGGAGGAGGAGGAGGAGGAGGAGGAGAGGGAGAAGGAGGGGGGAUGAUUUCAGCCUUAGACCCAGUCCAGCUGGUCGCGCCGUGUUCCGCCGUGCAGUGUGCUUAUCGAAUGCAGUUGCCGUCAACUCUUUCUUCGUCGGGAUCGGGAUCUCUCUCUUCGGAUGGCAAUGAGUCGGAACGCCCUCGGCGACGGAGGGAGGUAGGAGGAGGAGGAGGAGGAGGAGGAGGAGGAGGAGGAGUGGGUGUUGUGAGAGGAUUGGGCACGACUGCAGGAGCGAAUGGAGCCUUGGCGGGAAGGAGAAGAGGUGUGGAAAGAGGUGAGGAUGAUGAUGCUGAUGAUGUGGAGGGGGAGGAGGAGGAGGAGGAGGAGGAGGGGGAAGAGGAGGAAGAGGAGUUAGUGAGAGGACGGCGAAACGAAGAAGAGGCUGACGAAGAUGGAGAAGGCGAGGACAUUGAUGACGAUGUGAGUGAUGGUAAUGAGGUGGAAGAGGAGGUGGGAGGAAGUGGAGAUGGCGGCAAGUUUGUACAAACACAAGUUUCGGCGGCGAAGAAGAAGAAGAAGGAGGAGGAGGAGGAGGAGGGAAGAAGAGGAGGAAGAACAGCAGAGAAGCUUGGGGCAAUGAGGUCGUCUUCCUCCUCAGCGCCAGGAGGAGGAGGAGGAGGAGGAGGAGGAGGAGGAGGAGGAGGAGGAGGAGCAUUGCAGAGAGAAGGUCGGUUACAUCGUGGUCAUCGCGGGCGAAUACGAGGUGGAGAAGAGGGGGGGGGAGAGGCAGGAGAGGGAGAAGAGGGAGGAGAGGUAGGAGAGGGAGCAGAGGGAGGAGAGGGAGGAGAGGUAGGAAGAAGGAAGAACGGGAAUAAAGCAAUGGGGAGAAAGAGUGGAGGUGGAGAUGGUGGGAAGGGAUCUUCGGUAGAGAAGGGAGAAGAAGCGGAGGAAGAUGAAAGCAGCAAUGGCAAUGGCGGCGAUGGUGGGGGUGAAGGAGGGAGAAGCAAUGUGUACCCUUGGGCGUGGUCGGGUGACGUCAACGUGGAGAAGUGGGACGACGAGCGAUCCAGGAGAGCUGCAGCUGAAGCCAAGUGGCAGUCUGAGCGUGGGGCCAUAUUAGAUACCAUCAACAGCCUAAGAGAAGAGGUCGACACUCUCAAGAUGAUGUUGGGAGCACUGGAUGCGGAAGCACGGAUGGUUCUCGGCGGUGAGGGACGGGCCAAGAACUCCACGCUGAUAUUAUCCCCAUUCGGAAGGGUGGUUGCAAGUGCUUUGGGGGGGAGGGGGGGGCAAGCCAGUCAUCGACUGAAAGGCGGCGGCAGUGCGGCUCCACCGUCCUGGGCGUCCGGAAGCCGCAGUGCGCGUGGCGAUGAUGCAUCGCCUUCUUGGAGUGUUUUUGAGUUUGAUUCUGAUGGAAUGGCGAGCAUUGAUACGGCGCGGCGAAGGGAGUUGAUUGAAGGAGUGGAGGACUGGAUGGAGCCCCAAGGAAGAGGGAGGGAGGAGGCUUUGCUGCGGAGAGAGAAUUCUUCCGGAUCGGGAUGGGCAUGGCGACUGCCGAUAGCGAUGGGCGCGUGUGCUGUCUUCAUUGCAGGGCUCACUACAGGGAUAUUGCCGUGGAAAGGCGCCAAGGGUUGGGAGAGAAGCCCCCCGCCGCUGGCCGUGGCGACAACCGUCGGCGUGGUCCAAGCGUCGCCUCCUGGAUCAGAGGUGUUUGUCGAGGGAAAGGCAGUCAACUAUGUUCCCCCAGCACUGAGGGAAGCACUGCCAGGAGUGCUGGAACUGAAUGGAAGCAACUUCCAAACCUACCUUGCCAAAAGGCCCACUUUCGUUAUGUUCUAUGCGCCGUGGUGCCCAUACUGUAAGCAGAUGGAGGCCGCUUGGAAGGGCCUUGCCAAGUCAUUGCACGAGGACAAGCAUGAUGUCCAGGUGGCAUGUCUCAAUGCGUAUGCGUUUCCGCAAUUUGCGGAGAGGUAUGAAAUACCCGGCUUCCCGACGUUAAUCCUAUUCAACGGAAUGGAACCUGUGGGAAAUCAUAGAGGACCCAGGGACCUCGAGACACUAAGGAAAUUCGUUAUCACUAGUUUAAAACUAGGAUGAGGAGGUGACUCAGAACAAGGCAGAAGAAGGGCAGGGAUACUGAUGGAGAAUGGACCAAACACGGAUGGGACCGGAAGAUGGAACUGGAUAGUGAGGGAGGCUCACAUGUUCGUGGCAGCAUCCUCAAUGUGACGGGCGUUCAGUUGAAGGAACAAGGAAACGCAGAACGCAGUUCGUCAUUAGGCGAUGAUAACUAGGUCAGUUUAAAAGUUUCUUCCAUUGACGAGGAAGCAUAAAUGUAGUUCCCAACGCGCGCGCGCGCGCGCGCGAGAGAGAGAGAGAGAGAGAGAGAGAGAGAGUGGAACUUGAGGAGAGAGGAUGCUAUGCCAGGUGGCUGUGGGACCUUCAGGGCUAAAUUGAGCUUUUGCUGAACGAUUGUUUGAAGGCGAAGGCUGACACGGAUUUGCGGAGAGAAGCCGGUGUGUGUAGAAGCGACGGGCUUUUCAACUAGAAGAUGGAAACGACGUAGACUCUUGUGUCCAUUGUAUGGAGGAUUGCUCUAGUCCAGGGCAGGAAACAAGUUUAUUUUAUGCAGUUAAGAUGUCGAGAUUGACUGCUGUUUUAAGUUUUAACUUUUAACCCUAUUUUCAGCAGUCAAUCUCGGCAUUAAAAUGCUGUUCAAGCGCACUUACGUGCGCAGCUUGGACGAUCGGCAUUCGUCGUUCCAAGAGGAUUGACUGCAGUUAAGAUGUCGAGCUUGACUGCAGUUAGACGGUAAAAUGCAGUGUUGUGAAACAUUCGCAUUAGAGGGGAGAGAGGAGGGGCAUAUGGAACAAAUCCUGUCUCUUAUACACAUCUAGAUGUGUAUAAGAGACAGCUCUUGAGGUCACAAAGGCACAUCUCGUUGCCAGUACCUACCACAUUUUUCGUACCCCCCCAGGUCGAAUGAAUAUGGACCCGGCGGGCAGACCGAUUCGGCUACCGGGUUAACGGCCACAUCAACCGGUACACACUGAUCUCUUGAGGUCGCAAAGGCACCUCCCGUUGCCAGUACCUACUGCAUUUUUCGUACCCCCCCAGGUCAAAUGAAUAUGCACCCGCCGG